UUUAGUAAUCAAAUUAUAUAUAUAUUAUGAUUAGUAUCGUAUUGUUACACAUUGAAUUUCUAUCUCUUUACUACGGAGACGGAGAACAAGUAACAAGUGUGACGUAUGAUGGACGAAUAAUAUUUCCGAGGUCCUUUCACGCGUGAGAUAUAAUUAAGUGAUAUUCUAAUUCGAGUAACACUGUCGCAGGAGAAAAUACUGACGAAGAAUGGACGCAACUACGGCGGGCAAAAGGGUGCAGGACCUACCACCGAAAGGAGGCUAUGAUCCUAUACAAACGGAUCGGGUGAAAAUUCGCACCGUUCUCGGAGCGAGGAGUACGUUGGCGAUUUUCUUGGCCACCACAGCUUUGGGAGCCUACACCCACUAUCUGAAUUAUAAGUUGGUUAAACGGAAUCAGAUUGAGAUGAGAAGCGCACGUCUGGCUAUAUGGCCAGCACUGAUAGCGGAACGAGAUAGAGCUGUCUUGAGACAAAUGAGACGCAAUCGAGAUGAGGAAGCAGAGUUAAUGAAGAAUGUCGAGGGAUGGGAAGUUGGUACAUACUACGGAGAACCAAUAUACUUCCUGGAUGAUGAAAAUCAGUUUAGGGAACCUCUGUUUUUCGAACACUUUGCACAUGCUGAUCCAGUCGAUGUCUCUGCACGUUCUACUCGUUAUUUCAUGACAUAAAAAGUGUUGUUAACAUUUGGGAUUGAUGUAGGUUCUGGCUAAUUAUGGCUUAUUAUAAAUUAUAAAUCUAACAAACCUGCAUACGUAGUCUAUUGAUAAUAACAAGAAGUGUAAUUAUAUCGUGAGUUGUAAAUUAUUAUGAGUAACAUUUUCAAUAUCUACAGGUUAAAAUAAAAUCAUUCUGUAAUUCCUGUAUGCA